AACGUAUAUGUUAGAACGUCCAGUAGGCACUGUUGUGGUUGUUGGCUUGUUUUAUGCUUCUGCUGUAUAUAGGUAGUUUGAUAGUUUGCUCUGUCAAGUUUGGUUCAAAACACCACAGAAGAAAUCAAGAUAAUAAACCAAAGAUGGCCUCGUCAGGACAAAACACACCUUGUCACAACAGUCAGCCUUGGACAAAAAAAGUUUUAUGCAGAUACUUCCUACAUGGAGCUUGUAAAUUUGGUUCUGAAUGCUCGUAUUCACAUGACACUAAAGCUCAAGCCAAUAUGGUGUGUCGUUAUUAUCAAUCUGGACAUUGUUCAUACGGUGACCGUUGCAGAUACGAUCAUAUAAAACCAGACAAGGGGCGGAAAACUAUUAAAGCAAAGUAUCCUACUGACAGCAUCAUUAUCGACUCAACAAAAUAUGAGAACUCAUUGACUGGUGCUGAUUGGGCAAACGCUGUCGAGUUUGUUCCAGGAAAAGAAUAUUCACCGAGAACUUCAAACACAUACAGCUCUGCUUUAAAAGAAGGACUUGAGUCAUCAACCUCAACAGAUAAAUAUAACGAUUUGUGCCCAUUCGCUCUCAACGGUGAAUGUGUGAACGGCGAAAAUUGUGCAUAUGUUCAUGGCUUGUUGUGUGAUAUGUGUUGUCUGUACAUUCUGCAUCCAAGUGAUGUUUUACAGCAGGAAAAGCACAAAGAGGAAUGCAUUAAAUACCAUGAAGAGGACAUGCUUGAAUCGUUUAAAGUUGCUGAAAGCAGGGAAAUUGCGUGUGGAAUAUGCAUGGAAGUGGUUUGGGAAAAAGCAGAUGAAAAAGACCGAAAGUUUGGGAUUUUGGAAAACUGUAAUCAUACUUUUUGUUUGGAUUGCAUUAGAAAGUGGAGAAGUGCCAAAGCGUUUAACAAUACUGUUGUAAAAGCAUGUCCACAAUGUCGAGUGUCGUCAUCAUUCGUCACCCCAAGUGAACGCUGGAUUGAAGAUAAGGAAGAAAAAAAGAAGCUAAUUCAAGGAUAUAAAGAUCAUCUCAGCAACAAAGCGUGCAAGUAUUUCGACCAGGGUCGCGGAAAAUGUCCGUUUGGUGCAAAUUGUUUCUAUUUGCACGCAUACAGUGACGGUAGAAAGCAAGACCGAAGUAAAAUACAAACAAGAAAUGUUGUGGAUAGCAAUGGUAGAGCAGGGCACCUUGAUUUGAACACUAUAUGGGACAUGCUUGGUGAUGAAGACAGCCACGCGGAGGAUCACGCUCGCCUCAUGAACCUCCUGGAUGACGAUGCCGAUCUUUUCGAUCUCUUUUAUCUUCUCGGUGACGAUACAAUGUCAUCAGGAGACGAAUACUCGUUCGAAUAUCCUUACCACUACAAUGGGGGGGAGGAUUUUUUCACUGAUUCUGACUGAGUUGAGGAUUCUUGUUUCAGUGUAAAUACGUUGUAUUGUGUUUGUGUGCUCUUGUGGCCGUCAUAGCUUUUGCUUAACUCUAUGGACAAGACAACAACUGGAGAUUUUAUCUGGGAAAUUUCAGAAUAAACUCAUGGAUAUGAAGCGUGAAAAAAGGCACCAUGGAUGACAGAAUCACGUGAUUAAACUGGUUUUCGCACACCUGGUGUUGGAAGUUGGAGGCUGUACUACUAAAUAUUUUUAAGCUCACGAAUAUGAAAAGCGUGAAAAAAAGGGAACACGAAUGAAGGAUCACGUGAUUGAACUGGUUUUUACACACCUGGUGUUCUGAAAUGGAAUUCGAGGCUGUACUACUAAAUAUUCCUGCAAACUGUGUCUCAAAUUAAGUUUACCUAUGCAUACCACUCUGGGUGAUAAUGAUAAAUUAAUCCGUGCUCCCCCUAAGCAAAUUUCACUGUGCCCAAGUUCUCAGAUUUAAUUUUAAAUGUGCCUUUCAUUUUCUUAAUAACUCUGGUGUGGUUAUCUUCAAGUUCAUACAUAAAAUGCAUCGAAACAAAAAUGGCAACUGACCAGUAUAAACGGAUGCCUAGUUAAAAUACAACUGAUGCAAUAUAUGGUUUUCUUUUUUUCCUUAAUUUAUGAUUUCAAAUUUAUUCCCGAUUUUAACCUGUUCCUGUUUUAAACCAACACUUCGCAAUCAAACUUUUUCCUUUAUUUUAAAAAACCAAGCCUAACAAAGGCUUUGUAGAUAUUUAAAACUACAUUGGGUAAAAUUGAACCUGACCUCUUUCUAUUUAUUUGAAGUGCAACUCCCAAUUUUCUUGCAAUUAUUGAAACCCAUUUCGUUUACCGCCAGUGUUAAUAUGUUGCAUUCCCCGCUUAGGCAAUUGAUAUAACUAGUACACAUAUGAAACAUAUCAACAGUUACUACCCUUAAGAAAGCCAUAGCAGCUUUAUCUUAUUAGUAAAACCAAUGUAUCAUAGAUUUACAUUUCUGGUCUUUUCCAUGCUAUACCUAAUACAUUUAUCUUCAUAUUCAAUUUUCUUUGGUAAAUAUGUCGACAAAUUGAUUUUAAUAUUUGCACAAGCAUUCAUUAUUUGUCUUCACACUAAAUACCAGCAGUGCGUCGCAGAAUGCAUUUUUCAUUUAAAGUCAUUUUAUUGUUUUUAAAUUAAGCCACAAAAGUUGCAAUAAUCAAUUAUACAACCUAUGUGGAAAAAUGCAGCUUGACUGAUUUCUAUUUAAUUGCCUUUUCUCUCGCAGACUGUCACUGUGAGAAAACAAACAAAAAAAUAGUUUAAAAACCCACUUAAACAGCACUGUGAUCUGGUUACUUUGUCAAAUCUUUCACCUAGCUCAAAAUCCUUCCAUUUCGAAGAUAUUUUUUUAUGGUACGCAUGCUAGCACGCACUGCUGGAACCAACUGUUUUGUUCAAUUUUCAAUUUUUAAAAAAGCUUUCUUAAUAUUUUACCACUAUUGUUCCCUCUUUGCCACUGGCCACAUAGCAACAAACCCCCUUUGUAGAAAAUUGUAUGUUAUAAAAUGCCAGUGUGGAAGCAUACGGUCACAAGUAUUGUAUUAUAUUGUGUGAUAUUGUAUUCUUGUAUAUUUGUUUUUACGAACAGCAACACAAGGGUGUUUGAAAUCAAAUUUGUUGAUUAAUUCUUAUUUACUAAAAGGAUAAAUGCUUGGUGAAUGAAUUGGUGCCAAUGUGGGCAAA